AUGCACUCCAGCUCAAACUAUGGGGAUCGCACGUUGGCGAGAAACCUAUGCGCCAAAGACCUGAUCGUUGUCUCGAUCAACUACCGCCUCGGGAUUUUCGGGUUCUUCACGACUGGCGAUGAGCAUUGCUUGGGAAACAACGGACUUUGGGACCAGACGCUUGCACUCCAGUGGAUCCGCGACAACAUCGCCAAGUUCGGCGGUGAUCCGAAUAACGUGACGGUGUUCGGGCAAAGUGCCGGCGGGGCCUCCAGCGAUUUGCUCAGUUUAUCGCCGCAUUCUCGAGAUCUAUUCCACAAGGUGAUCCCGAUGGCCGGAAACGGGGAGUGCGAUUUUGCGGUUCGAACGGCGGCCGACCAGGCAAAGUUGUCGAGGGAUUUUGCGAAAUUUAUUGGCUAUAAGCCGGCAGAAGAAGACACAAGCGAGGACGUGCUCGAGUGGCUUCGGGGGCAAUACGCCGAGUUGCUGGAGCUUGGAAUGUCCGGAAAAAAGGGCUUCGGACGACCGGGGCAACUGCUUUUCGUCCCUAACCUCGAUGGCGACUUUUUCCCCAAGUCACUCGCCGAGCUCAGAAAAGAGGCGCCGCGGAAGCCGCGGAUGCUGGGGGUCACCCAGCAUGAGGGGCUGUUUUUUGUCGGUUUCUCCGGCCUCGCGAAAUCGUACGAAAGCGUGGAGCGCUUCAUCGACCGGUGCCUACCCGACGAAAAGUACGAGAAUGCCGAGCGGUUACGGGCCGAGGUAAAAGAGCUGUAUUUGAAAGGGGUCGACCCGAAAGACCGAAAAGAAGUGGUGUUCCGGAUGGCAAAGGUGCUCGGUGACUGGGCGAUAAAUGCCGGCACGUGGGAGCUGGCGCGGAUAGAGGCGGAGCUGGGUUCCCCCGUCUACCUGUACCAGUUCAACUAUUUCAACCCGGACGGUUUCGGAAUCCUGAAAUGGAUCUUUCCGUUUUUGGGAGCCACACACUGCACCGAGCUACGAUAUAUCCUCGGCAAGGGCAUCAUCAGCAAGUUCCGCCCCAACGACGACGACCUGAAGAUGGUCGACCUGAUGACGGAUUUCUUUGCAAAUUUCGCAAAAUAUGGUAACCCCAACGGGAAAACAGAUGCUGAGGGCGUUUGGAAAAAGCACGAUCCGCAGAACCUGAGUCGACAUUUGGCGAUUGAGUUGCCGCCGAAAAUGGAGGACAACUUCAUCGAGGGACGGCCCGAAUUUUGGCACAAAAUCUACCUGGCGCGCAAGGACCGGGCGCAUCUG